GGCAGCGCCGCCCGCCUGACGGCCGAGGGCCAGGCCCGCAGCCCUGCGGCGGCUCCCUCCCUGCGGCGCGGGCCCGCGACCCUGCGAGCGCGGCGGCGGGCUGGGCCAUGGACUGAGGCGGCGGCGGCGUGGGAGGAGGAAGAUGGCGGCGGGCAAGAGCGACGGCAGCACCGGGGAGAUCACUUUUCUGGAAGCUUUGGCUAGAUCAGAAGCUAAAAGAGAUGGAGGCUUUAAAAAUAAUUGGAGCUUUGAUCAUGGAGAAGAGAGUGAAGGAGAUACAGAUAAAGAUGAGGCAAAUCUGCUCAGUGUAGAUGAAGAUGAGGAUUCUGAAACUUCAAAAGUAAAAAAGUUAAAUCGUCAGUCUGAAAUUGUUGCCGCUAGUUCUGGUGAACCCUGGAAGACAUGUGCAAGACGAAACAAGACUGAAAGUUUAAAACCUUUGAAGGGCAACCCAAUUGGGCUUAACAUGUUGAACAACAAUAAGAAACUGAGUGAAAAUACACAAAAUGCAUCAUUAUGUUCUGGAACUGUAAGACGUUUUCCUCAUGCUAAUGCACAGUUAUCAAUAGUAAAAACAGCGGCCCAAAGCAGUCUGGACCAAAAGGAAAGGAAAGAAUACCCACCUCAUGUCCAAAAAUUUGAAAGUAAUCCUGUAACGUUAAGUCGGCCUCAAGGUGUUGAUCGUAUAAUGAAGAAAACAGAAGAGUCUGAAUUAUACCUGGAGUCUGAAAUAAAAAGAAAAGUACCACAGAAACGUCACAGUAGUACAUACCAGUCUGCCCCAUCUCCUUUGUCUCCUGCUUCCAAAAAAUGUUUAACUGAUUUAGAGGUUUCUAAACAGUGUGGAUAUUGUCCAAAAUGUGGAAAAGAAAAAGAAAAUCAGACCAAAUGCCAAAGUUGUGGUAUUCCUUUUCUUAAGGAUUUGCAAAGAAAUUGCAGACAAGCUGUAACUUUGAAUGAAUCGACUGGACCAUUAUUAAGAACAUCAAUUCAUCAGAAUUCUGGAGGACAGAAGUCACAAAACAUAACAUUAUCAGCCAAGAAGUUUUAUGGCAACAGUGUGGGAAAGAUUCCAAUUGAUAUUAUUGUGAAUUGUGAUGAAAGUGGACAGAAUUAUUUACAGACUAAUGGUAAAGUCAUUUUAUCUAGGGCAAAAGUAGCCAAAAUCACAAACCUGAAAGAAAGGAAAACAAGCCUGUCAGACCUGAAUGACCCAAUCAUUUUGUCCAGUGAUGAUGAUGAUGAUGACGACGACAGUGACAGGACUAACCGAAGAGGAAACAUAUCUCCUCAGCCUGCUGAUUCAGCAUGUUCCUCCCCAGCACCAUCCACAGGAAAAGUAGAAGCAGCUCUAAAUGAAAAUACCUGUAGAGCAGAGCAUGAACUAAGAAGCAUUCCAGCAGAUUCAGAAUUCAGUACAGUUACAUUGCCAAGAAAAGCAAGAAUGAAAGACCAGUUUGGUAAUUCUAUUAUCAAUACACCUCAAAAACGUCGCAAAGUGAUUUCUCAAGAAACUGUAGUUGAUCCUGUAUCUUUAAGCUGCCAAAGUUCCUUUGAUAGAGUAUUUUUAAACUGUCGAAGUAUACGAGUAGGAACACUAUUCCGACUAUUAAUAGAACCUGUAAUUUUUUGUUUAGAUUUUAUCAAGAUAAAGCUAGAAGAACCAGAAAAUGAUCCUGUAGGGAUUACCUUAAAUACCUCUGAUCUAACUAAAUGUGAAUGGUGUAAUGUCCGAAAAUUACCAGUAGUGUUUCUUCAGACGACACCAGCAGUGUAUCAGAAAUUGAGCAUGCAACUGCAGAUGAACAUGAAGGAUAAUGUGUGGAAUGAUUGUAAAGGAAUAAAUAAGUUAACAAAUUUGGAAGAACAAUACAUAAUUCUAAUUUUUCAAAAUGGCCUUGAUCCUCAGGCAAAUAUGGUAUUUGAAAAUAUCAUUACCGAAAUUGGUGCAAAGAAUAAGGUGUCCAAUUUUUUUGCGAAAAUUCCCUUUGAAGAAGCCAAUAGCAGACUUGUUGCCUGUACAAGAACCUAUGAAGAGAGCAUCAAAGGAAGUGGUGUGCAAAAAGAAAACAAAAUUAAAAAUGUGGGCAUUGAAUCUAAAAUACAGUUUAAAAACAAACAAGAAUUACAGUUUUUUGAUGACGAGGAUGAAACUGGAGAGAGCCACACCAUCUUCAUGGGCCCUGUAGAAAAAUUAAUAGUAUAUCCACCACCUCCAGCUAAGGGAGGUAUCUCCGUUACUAAUGAGGACCUGCACUGUCUGAGUGAAGGGGAAUUUUUAAAUGAUGUUAUUAUAGACUUUUAUUUGAAGUAUUUGGUGCUUGAAAAAUUGAAGAAAGAAGACGCUGACCGAAUUCAUAUAUUCAGUUCUUUUUUCUAUAAACGCCUUAAUCAGAGAGAGAGGAGAAAUCUUCAUGAAACAACUAAUCUGUCAAUACAGCAAAAGCGACACGGGAGAGUGAAAACUUGGACGCGGCAUGUAGAUAUUUUUGAGAAGGAUUUUAUUUUUGUACCCCUCAAUGAAGCUGCACACUGGUUUUUGGCUGUUGUUUGUUUCCCUGGUUUGGAAAAACCAAAGUAUGAACCCAAUCCUCAUUACCAUGAAAAUACAGUCAUGCAAAAAUGUUCACCUGUAGAGGACAGUUGUAUUUCUUCUCCUUCAGCCAGUGAAAUGGACAGUUGUUCACAAAACUCAUCUGCCAAGCCCGUAAUUAAGAAGAUGCUAAACAGAAAGCAUUGCGUAGCUGUAAUUGAUUCAAAUAAUGAACAGGAAGAAAGUGACCCUCGUUAUCGGAGAAACAUAAGCAGUGUGAAAUGUAGUCUGAAAAAAAUAAAUCAUACUGCAAGUCAAAAUGAAGAAUCGAAUAAAGGAGAAUCUGCAUGCCAGAAAGUUGUUGAUAGGACUAAAAGUGAGAAUGGCCUACAGAAUGAAUAUUUAAGUUCUAUGCAACAUACAGAUGGCUUAAGCAAAAUCAGACUAAACUACAGUGAUGAAUCAGGUGAAGGUAGUAAAAUGCUUGAAGAUGAACUCAUCGACUUCUCAGAAGAUCAGGACAACGAGGAUGACAGCAGUGAUGAUGGGUUCCUUGCUGAUGACAACUGCAAUUCAGAAAUAGGACAGUGGCAUUUGAAGCCUACAAUUUGUAAACAACCUUGUAUCCUACUGAUGGACUCACUCAGAGGCCCUUCUCGGUCAAAUGUUGUAAAAAUUCUAAGAGAGUAUUUAGAGGUGGAAUGGGAAGUUAAAAAAGGAAGCAAAAGAAGUUUUUCCAAAGAUGUUAUGAAAGGCUCUAACCCAAAAGUACCCCAGCAAAACAAUUUCAGUGAUUGUGGUGUGUAUGUAUUGCAGUAUGUAGAGAGCUUUUUCGAGAAUCCAAUUCUCAAUUUUGAACUACCUAUGAAUUUGGCAAAUUGGUUUCCUCCUCCAAGAAUGAGAACAAAAAGAGAAGAAAUCCGAAACAUAAUUCUGAAGCUUCAGGAAGAUCAGAGCAAAGAGAAAAAGAAGCAUAAGGACACUUACUCAACAGAACCAUCUUCAGGCGAAGGAGCAGAACACUAUGUCAGUAGCAUCUCAGAUUGACCACUGCCACUGCUUGUCAGUAUUCCUUCAGAAACCGAGUGACUUUCAACUUUGGGUAUAGACAGUAAAGAACUGAAGUGCUCCCUACUCAGAGUGAUUUGAAAAUGUUAAUCCUUGUAUAAAUGUCAUAUAAUUAAUUUCCAAUGGAGUAUGUUUUAAGUGAAAGUCUGUAAAUAUGUUAAUGAGGCCAAUUUUUCCAGCAUUUAUAAUUAUUUUUUUCACUUGUUAGGAAGCUUUUGUUAUGUAUUUUCUGUUAAUAGUACUUAAAACUGCAACUUCUAAACACAAAAUAAAUAAAAAAAUAUUUAUAGGAGGAAAUGAUUAAUUUGAUAUUCUUUAGUGAAAUUAUAUUGAAUUCUUCAGUGGGUGUGAAAUACUUCAUGGGAAUAUUCGAGUGUUUAUGAUAAUCUUUUACCUUUACAUUUGUUCUAAAAUGACUUGAAAUGUGAAAAUAAGGUUGAAUUGAAGGCAUUUUAAACAAGAUAUCUUCAUAUGCUUGUAUAGCAGGCAAACAUAACAGCUUUUUAAUUUGUACAUUCCCAUAUAGAGAACUUAGGCCCCCAAAUGUAAUAAAUAUUUAAAGUUUUACAGUAUUUAAUAAACAGUAUUUAGAGCAAUUCAAAGAAAAAUAACUUUGAAUUAUACUACUAAAUAACUAUACUUUAUUGUACAUUAUUGUCAAGUACAUUUCUAAAGAUGUCAAAGACUCAGGUUAAAACUAUUUUGGUAAGUACAGCUUGAAUUUCAAAUAUCCCAUGUUACCUUUCUGUAUUAUAGCUUAAAGUAUCUACAAUCUGUGUGAUAUAGUUAAUUGAUAAACAUUUUUAACCUGUGAACACAGGAAUUUAAAUAGGAAUUUACUAUUUUUUGUAAUGACUUUCACUAUUUUUUCAUUGCUCAUUUUGUUCUUGUUAUUUUGAUAAAGUAUCAGACUUUCUGCGCCUGAGUUUUUUAGUGUAAAUUAUUUUUACAUGUAAAAGUACUGUUUUUAAUCAGUUGCAUAAUGCAUAAAAAAUCUGCCCUUUUUUUCCUUUAAAAAUACUAAAAUAUGAUGGUGUGGUGACAAAUUUACAGCUCUCAUAGGGAUCUUCCCUAGAUCUGCCGAAACUAUUAUUUUCAAAUGAAAUGUUACACAUUUCUUUCAAAUUAACUUUGAGACCUGAAAUUAUAUAUGUUAAAGUCACUUUUUUUGUUAAAUAAUUUAAAGUGCACAUAUAAGAAACGUAGUUGAGAAUAAAAGGAAGACCAUUUUUUAAUCAGCAGUUACUUUAUUUUUAAUCUGGCCAUUGGUAACCAACGUCUUAGGCUAUUUUCUUGGAUUUAAUAAAGUCCAUGGAUGUGUUUGCAUGGGUUUAGAGAUGUUGUUACCAAUAACCAAAGAACUGUUUAGACACACUCACUAAGGGAAGCACAGGGACAUGACCAUGAGUGGUAUUGCUUUUGGAUUUGCUACUUUGGACUACCUUAACUUUUUUUAUUUACGAGUGCAUUAUUUCUUUUUUAGGAAUACCCCAGAGCUCCUAACCCAGAUAUGAAAAAACAAGAGUUUAAUUUUAUUAUGUAUUGAAUAUGAACCAAAACUUGGAAUUGUUUUUUCAAACCUGAUAAGCAGAAUUGGCAUAUUUAAUUUUUUUACUAUACUCUAUUUUGUCAGUAUUUGAAAGUACUGAAAAAAAAUUCUAAAAUACUUGUUUCGGUUUCUAAUCGUUACAUUUUGCACUCUUAAUUUUUGAUGAGAUACAAAGAUAACCUGUCCUUUGGGCCAAUUCAGUCACAUUUUGACAUUAGAACUAGGUAUGUCUGACAACUUUCUAGAAGCAGAGGAUCCAGCUAUUCGAUCAUAUUUCUCCUACCCCAUGUAAAAUUCUAUUUUUAAAAGUUAGGCUAAGAACUUUGCAAUAUAUAUGUGUAACUUUGGAUAUGUGGAUAUAUGCACGUGUGUGUAUGUGUGUGUGUGUGUGUGUGUGUGUGUGUGUGUGUCUUCAGAGACGGUUAGGUUGAGUUCCAAAACUAGACUUGAGAAUCUCUGGUGUGUAUGCACAUUUGCUUGAUAAUUGUGUACUCUGGCAUGUCUAUAUAUAGUUUACAGGGGGUAUCAACCUUUUAAAAUGUAUUAUUAGUACUCAGAAGUUGUGAAACAGAAUUUUAAAGCUUAGAAGUUUGUACUAGAUGCUGAAACUGCAUGACGAGUAUCUAGUGUCUUAACUAAUUAGAUAGAUCUGUUGUAUUUGUUUUCUUGUUGGAUAGAAUAACAGUUAAUCAUUUUUAGAAGAGUUUUAGAUUACUUGCCAUAAAAUUUUUAUGUGUCUUAGCUCUUGGUAGUUUAGGAGCAAAGGUGGCAUUUAACUAGCCCUUUUCCUUUGACGUUGCUAAGGCAUCUGAAAACUUAAUGGUAUUAUUUCAAGUUCACAUAAACCUAAAGCAGUUAAGCAUAGUAACCUGUGCUUAAAACAGUUAGUUAAAUAUAGGAGGUUUUAUUUGAAAAGAUAAAAUGAUUAUCUAAAUUAUAUCUUGUUUUUAAGUGACAAAAGUGAAUUCAGUAUUUUUUCCUUUAAAAAACUAUGAUCUCUAAAGACUAUAAGAUAUAAAAAGAAUAACAGUUUUAAUUUCCCAGAAAUUAAAAGUUGUACUUAAAAGUCUCAGACAAUUUCAUGAACAGGAGUAAUAAAGAAUAUAUUUUAAUAUAUAAUAUAUAAUCAAGAGCUCCUGAGAGGUAGCGUUAGAAAGGAUAACUUGUUAGAAUAAAAAGAAUCCUCACCUUAAGAGAUGAGGUAAUGGGGAGCCGAACAUCUAGAAGAGGCAUAGAUACCAAGGGUGCCCUGUAGGUUGCUUUGAGGACAAAGGAGAAGGAGGAGAUUACUGGGAGCCAGGGGAGGUGAGGGGAUGGUACUACGGACUGUCCAGCCAGGUCAUUAUAAACAGGUAGUUUGCCAGUAGGACAACUGAAUUCUCAUAAGCAAGACCAGAUCGUAUUGGGAAAUGAAAUCUAUUAAAGAGUGUUCUGAAAUACUCCAGCAAGACUUUCUGGUAGUUUUCCUACUCCCAAGAAGAAGAAGAAAAGUUACAAAAACUGCUUUUUGAAACUUAAAUUUAACCACAGAGGAAGAAUUGGUUGAUCAAGCAGAAGAAAUGUAUAUCUUGGGGAAAUAGUUCUACCAUCUUAAUUCUGAGAGGCCAGGUCAAGGAGUAAUGGUAGAGUGUCUAAACUGCUGUCAGGGAAAUCAGGGUGCAGUGUUACUCAGAGGAAAAUACCAGAGACCUGUGGCCUGACACAGAAAAAAAUGUUGAAAGCUUAGAGUUCUUUACUGUCUAUCAUAGAUAACAGUUGUUACUUACUGCAAAAGAUUACAGUGAGGAACAUAAGAUCCAAAACAAUUUUUCUAGAAAUGUGUCUGGGGGAGUUUUCAGAAUAUGUAUACCUAGGGUCUUCAUGCCAGUGGUGGGAAGUAUUUCCAGGUAAUUCCUCAACUAAUUUUCCCACUGACUUAAAAGGAUCAGCAUAUGUCCCUGACAGUUAUCGAGUUUCUGGCCCCAAAAGUAGUAAGUCUUGUUUGCGUUUUCUUCUCUCAAAUGCUUUAAAUAUACCACUUUACUCCCAUCCCUCAAAUUCUCAUUAAGAAUUUGAUGGCAAAGUUAUCACUGUUACUAAGCCUUGAAGAAUUAUAAAGAAAAAAAUAUAAGGUACACAAAGUUUGGAUACUGCCAGAUACCUUGUUUUUCAAAAGGCAAAAAGUAGAUUCUGCAAAGUAUAAGAUACAAUAACUCGAUAAAAUUCUAAAAUGAAUUUAUUAGAUGGAUGCCUUGUGCACUCAUAGGGGUCACCGGGAGUUAUAGGACCACUAUAACCAAGGUGGUUUUCUGUUUUUACUAGGAUUCCGAACUUGUCAAUCUGUAGAAUGCAGCCAGACUAGCAAUUCUCAAUCUGUUUGCUGACUCUGUUUUUGCAAAAUAUGUUCUGUGGUCAAGUAAGUUUGGAAAAAAUUUAAACCAAAUUAAGCAGGUUUCCUGGAGCUUUUAAUAUGAUAAUAUGCAGAGAUUAAACAAGGAAAAUAUAAAGCACAGUAUAUUAAAUACAGAAUGUGGCCAUAUCCUCCACUUCUCCUUUCUCUAAACUUGCCUGUAAAUAGGUACCCAUCAGAAGACUAUUUGGGGUGUUUGUUAACUGAAUUUUAUGGGAAGAUACUUUGAAACUUAUCUGAGACUGGUUAUUUUUUUUACAUCCUAUUUUACUAAUAGUCGAGAAUAUGAUGUGGAAACUUAGAAAUAAAUGACUAGUAUCUUGGGGAAA